CAAUCUAUCUUUGGAAUUGAUACCUUUUGUCUCCAUCGCCUGUCUUUACUGAUUCUCCAUCAUUUGACUUCGAAUGCCCAGGUUCCCCGCAUAUGAUCCUCCUAUGCGUGCACUGCUUCUAAAAUAGCAACGGUCCUGCUGCUCAGCCCUGCUUAGUGCUUAGUCAUAUCCCCUCGACCUAAAACGGCGCGGGCGGAAGAAUCCCUUAAAACCCAUCGGCGAGGGGACUGUUUAGGGGAUUUGCAUGGUGACAAGCUUUCUUUUUUUCUUCCUGAAGCUGGAGCUGGACUCCUCAUGCAUCCUGGAACCUGACGAUGAGUUCGUUCCACCAGUUUAUGCUACAGGCAAAGAAGGCGCGCGAUGCUAUCAAUAACAGAGCAAGGAAAUCAGAUGCCAAGAAGAAUAAUUCGUCCAAACACACUGCAGGUCCAUCUUCGGUAUCGUCAUCAGUAGUCAACCUAGUUUCUACAUCGGCCCCCCCCUGGGAUCUUCUCCCCGUCGAGAUUCAGAUCACGAUUUUCGCGCACUGCGGCGUCACGGAUCUCCUGCCGUUGAAACUCGUCUGCAAGUCCUUUCAUAACCUUCUCACCUCCCAAGAACAAUCGAUUACCCGGCAGUACCUCCGUCAGCGCCGCCAUGGAACACUUCCGUCUCCGAUAGACGGAGAGAAGACAUAUACCCGAAGUCCCGAAGAUGAUGUGGUGCUGCUGUCGGAUCUAUUUCCACCAGCAAAGAGCGCUAAGGGGGGGCAUAUAUACACAUUCAAAUACAUAUCUGGACUGCGUCGCCGGCAGAAGCUUUGUUCCCGGCUCUGUUGCUACCUUGCGGACCGUGUCAUGGAUCGAUUCGUGCACAGUGAGCCGGCAUUCAUGAAGUCAAUGUUCUCCUCGAAGUCUGAGCGGUAUGCAUUUGUGCAACGAACAACUGCACAAUUAUGGUCUUACCUCACGCCACUGAUGUAUUAUACGCUACACUUCCUUGAGGCCUACGCUCUUGCCAGACGAGAGCAGACCAAUGCCCUUCUACGUGACUGGGAAGCAGGACGUCUGCCAGUUCCGGUCCCCCCUCACAUCCGUAAAAUCAUGUACCGGGAAUUGCAAGUAAAGAUAAUCAGAUCACCUCCUUUUACCGACACCCCUACCCUUAUCGCCACACACCACUGCAUGGAGCUUCUUGUCACAUACCUGCGGUACACCGUACCACCAGAUGAGCCUACGGUGUCAGACGAUAGCUGGAUUGGGUCACUGCUUACAGUGUCGCCAUUCCUUCGAAUAGUGGAGUACUUCUCCGCUGAGAUCGGCGAUGGGGGUAAUCAGCGAAUGCAACGGAAGGAUUUCAUGCACAAUUUCCACAAUGACAUCACGUCUAAUGCAAAAGACGACAUCAACUCGUUGGUUUUCCAAAAUGCGCCAAAUGUGCAUCUUCAUGGCUCUCUGAAGGAUGUCUGGUUCGAUGUCGUGAAAGAGGAACUGGUUUCGAGAAUGGCAGCACCUCAUAAUGCAGAACGCAUCAUGGCCUGGAAUGGAUUACCGAUACUCUUCUGCUGCCAAGAUUGCUCAACUCUACUAAACACCUCAUGGACGCUACAUCGUCUUUCACCCCUCCACCAUGGCAAAGAAUUCGACUCACUACUAAACAAUCCUCUGGCUCUAAAAGCUUACGCGACUAGGCUGCGCGAUCAGUUAUCCGGCACCGCCUUGUCCGGCGGCGUCCAAUUCGGCGGCGCACUGCCUACAACAGAAGAUGACGGGCUCUCCAGAACCGGCGCGCUGAAAUCCUGCACUUGGGAAACCGUCCCAAACAUAUCUUUCUCAGAAAUCGAACAUGAAUCCCUUGAAUCUGACGAUGCGUCCGACCCCUUAAAUGCGCCUCGAUCUCGAACCCGGCCCCGUCGCCCACCACACUCGCCCUCACCAUCUCACCAAGGAGGGGGGAUCUGCGUGAAACUUGAAUACGAAAACAUAACCUACAAGGCCGCCCUCCUCACAUCUUCAUCUUUACCUGCGUCUCAGUCGAAUCCUACCACCAAACCGCGAACUCGAACGCGAUCCCAGACCCAAACACACUCCACACGCCUCCCUCUUCUCCUAACCCGCUUCCCCGCGCCUCUCCGACAAACUUUCAUUUCCUUCCUCUCCUCGACGUUCGACGCCUACUGUUCUCCCCUGCAUCUACCCCCCCAGUUCCUUGGCACAGCACUGGGAACCUACAUACGUGCCCUUGCAUCAGAAGGACUCGGGACCGCAAAUCCCGUAAACAUCCUGAAAGAGCUUCAUCUUACACUCUCGUUUUCGGCCUCUGUCGCGCCGGAGCUACGCGCUCUCAACAUAAGUAUACCGCGGGAGUCACUGGGUGGAUUUCUUUAUGCCGGAGACAGUGGAAUGGGAAGUGAGUCGGACGUUCUGUCCCGUCUCAGUGCCUACCUGGAUGGGCAUUUGGCAAUGAAGCUGGAUUUGACCGGUAAUGCUACUGGUCCCGGUCCAAAGGGGCAGCAACACGUGCGCCUGUCGAGAAUCACCUGCGGGGGAUUUAGUCUUGGUGGUGACGGCAAGAUGAAGUUGGUUGCGUCGCCAUCUACUGCUGGUGGUGAUGGUGAAGAGUCGUCGAAUGGCGCUUCUAGCCAGACAAAUCGUCUAGCAUUGCGAGCUUGUGAGGUGCUGCUUCUGGAUGUUGUUCGCAGGGCGGCUGUGGAUGAGGAUGAAACCUGAGCAAGUGGGAUUGCGAUCUACGAGUGCACGUAUAUAUGGGUCCCCAUCCAAAAGAGAAGAGCAGUUCGUGACGAUAUUCAUGAUUGCUAUAAACAAUAUAUCCAACAGAUGCCGAGACUAUGCAUUGUAGAUGUCAGUCGCUGGAAAUUGCGCGGUGCCGUCAAUCGUCUACAAGUCCAGGCCAUGACAAGCUAUGCAAAUUUACAAUAGGUCCCCCCAACUCGCUUCAGAGGGAACUAGAGAACUUCAGUUCACUGUGGGCCACCCUUUGGUUCAGCGAACCCAAGGGCCUUGUCGACGCUGGCGACGAAAUGAGGCAUGCUAUCGCAUCCCUCAAAUGCCACUUCUUCCAAGCCCGCAGAACAAAUCGCAAUUAGGAAUACCGCAGAUGAAACCCUUACUUCAGGACAAUUAUAAUCGUUUAUAAUCUCGCAGAGGGCCUAGGUCCCGGAGCCACCAAUAC